AAAAGCUUUUUAUUCAUCCUAUUUUUCUUGUAGCCAUAUAUAAUAAAGCUAAUCUUUUUGAAGAGAAGUAUAUUGGUUUAAAGUUUCUUAUAACUACAUUAAUAUAUUAAUUAUAUUAUAUGCACUAUAUUUCACGCACUUACCAAAGACAACUUCUCUCUAAAAAGGACUUUGAGAUAAUUCAACCAUACCUUGUAGAUCAACACUUUGAGCUCUCAUAUAAAUCUCUUUUACGAUUCCCAGAUUUUGAUUUAUUUCAAGAGCAUCAUAAUCCCCGUAAUGCUCUAUAGGAUGGAAAUACAAACCCUGUAUACACCAAAAAUGUCACAACAGUCCAUUAUAUGUUAUCUCUUUCCAGUACCAAGUAGUGUAAGCACUGGUGUAAUAUAAUACACAUUUCUCUUAUACUGAAUAUAAUAUGUUCAUGACGUUUUGCUUACCAAUACCAAAGGAUUCAAGACACUUUAAAAACAGACUCAUGCACUUGUCCCAGUCAAUGCUUCCCUCUGAUAAUAUAAAAGAUCUAAUUCCCUCUAUUUAGAAAAAGAAAUAAAAAUAUCAAAUGAUCCACAAGUCCUUGACAAACUUGAGUAUAUUUAUGGUGCGGGUACUUUUACACCGUUCACCUUUCACUACAAAACCCUUUUAUUUUCCUAGUAUUAUUUGAUAUCAGAAGCCUCAUCUUAACUUAUCGGACAAUAUACACUCCACUAGUCUAUUAUCCAAUACACUUUACCAUAUCACAAGCAUAGUCAGCUUUCCUUGUUCC